AUGAGCGAACAUCUCCAGGAAGCAGCAGCUAUUGGGGGAACAGUAGGAAAUCGAGCCCUAUCGGCAGAUCAACUGCCAUCAACAGGCGCAAGACAGACCAUAGAUAAUCCGUUCUUGACGUUCGAUGACACGAUUCCCGACCCCAAGACUCAACGGACCGAGCUCGAAGAUUAUGUCUGGGAAUUUGCUUUGUUAGCCGGUCUCAAAGACCGCUAUGAACUGCUUCAGUUCGGUGCUCGUCUUGCUCGAGACGAACACGAGGCUAUGGGAAGAUACGCAGAUGAGCUUACGGAGCCCGAGAAAAAGCUUUUGGAGAAGGAGAAGGAGAAAAGCACAGGGUUUUGGAAACAGUCCAAGUUUCUCCGCGCAACAAUCAUGACCGCAAGUCUGGCCGGGAUGAUCCAGGGAUGGACGCAAAGCGCCAAUAACGGCACUGCUCAUGGCAUGCCAGAAGACUUUGACCUCUGUGUUCACAGGGACGCCGAUUGUUCUUCAGCCAAUCUUUGGACAUUCGGAAUGCUGAAUGCCAUACCGCUCCUUUCCGCAGGCCUUUUUGGUACCCUGCUUGCAGAUCCACUACAGGAGAACUUUUUGGGGAGGCGAGUUCCCAUAUAUGCGGCUGAAAUAUCACCAGAGCAUAUACGAGGCGCUAUUCUGGCGAACUGGCAGCUUGCUGAUGCAGCUGGCAUCUUUCUCGGAUUUCUGGCAAACUUGCUGGUCGUUGUUUACGUGGAGCAAGCGAAGUCCGCGUGGCGCAUUCUCACGAACACUGUACUCAUCCCAACGGUACCUUUGUUGGUGAUGAUAUACUUAAUGCCGGAAUCGCCUCGGUAUCUGAUGAAACACGGGGAAUACUGCAAAGCACUCGAGGCCUUCGAACAAGUCCAGACCACGCGGCUGCUAGCGAGUCGCGAUUUCAUGUAUGCGCAUGCUCAGCUUGAUUUCGAAAGCCGACUCUUGAAGGGGAAGACAAACCAGCUUGGCAACCUGGCCGAUCGCAUAGACAUUAGCGCGCAAAGCUUGUCCAGGGAGCCAUCUUCGCUACCACCGAACCAUAUACAGUUAGGGAGGAUUGCUUCACAGAGUGCCGUAUCGCCAGGUCGAUCCACCCUAGAUCCUCAUGCCGAGAUAAGGAACUCAGGCGUAACAGUGGUACCGAGCAACAACCAGUACGAAAUCAGGCCGCAGCUCGAGCAGAACGAGGACAGCAACAUCAAGCUCGCGACUAUGAACAGGAGGUGGAGUGAUGUCACAAGCCUGAACUUCGAGGUUGGGGCCAGGCGAACGAAGAAGAGCAAUCCGUACUCUUACAACAUCGGUGUCAACGGUUACUACAAGCGUCUGAGGGAGUUAUGGUCCAACAAGCGGUGUCGACGAGCCUUAUUGUGCGCUUCCGUGUCCAUGAUCACCCAGACCCUGACAGGCGUUAAUACCAUCGCUUUCCUAGGCACGAUAAUUUGGCCCGACGCCGAGAGAACCAGUGGUCAAACAGCCGAGAGAAACAGUGAUCGAACAGCCGCGACAAUAGGUCUUGCCUUUGGAGCAGCAAAUUACGUGUUCGGGCUUCCAGCUUACUGGUCUUCGGAUCGAUUAGGACGCUCCGUCAUGCUUUUGCUCGGCCUGCCAAACAUGGCAUGGUCGAUUCUAGUCUUUGCCUUUCUCUUCAAGAUUCGCGAUCCGUCCGUUCAGAUCCCCAUGGUCAGCAUCUUCGCGAUCAUCUUCGUUGCCUUUUAUGCCCCGACAGCCGGUACGUCUCCGUUCUCGAUCGCAGCAGAGGUCUUUCCUCUCGUAUCGAGAGAGGCUGGUAUGGCCGUUUCCGUUGCGGUCAAUCUCCUCGGCGCAGGUGUAUUGGUCCUAGUCUUCCCAUUCCUGCAGGACAGCAUUCAGCCGACGGCUGCAUUCUCCAUCUUUGCAGGCCUGAAUAUGGUGGCAUUCGUACUGGUGUAUUUGUUCGUUCCGGAGACGAGAAUGCGGACCCUGGAAGAGCUGCAGUAUACGUUCGAUUUGCCAACGGGAUGGCACGUCGCGUAUCGUGUGGGGUACAUCCGACAGCAUGUCUGGGCGAAUUGGUGGAAGUACUUGACUCGCAAGGAGGUUCAGCCACCGGUUCCGUUCUACGAAUGGGCGCGAGAGACGUAUAGAGAGAUGGAAGGUGCCAGCUGA